AUGGCCCAAAAAGCAGCCAAAACCCUCGCUGCCCGCAACGCCGCCGUCCUCCUCCGCACGCACCUAAUAACAGCGGCCCUGCACACUCUCCAUCUGCUUCUACACUUUGUCUUCCGCCGCCCCGCCUCCCUGAAAUUCUACUACCUGUUCGCAAUCCCAACCCUCGUGAUCGAAUUCUAUCUCGACCGCAUCGGCCGCCCAAGCCACAACCCCGCUGAUGGCUCGCUGCGCUCGCCCGGAGAGGACCUUGGCGCCGCCGGCUUGACGGAGUACAUGUGGGAUGUUCUGUACUGGACCUGGGGGUGCAUCGGCGCUGUGUGUUUGUUUGGCGAUCGCGGGUGGUGGUUGUGGAUUGUGAUACCCUUGUACUCGGGCUGGUUGGCGUAUAGUACUGUUACGGGGAUGAGGAGUGGGUUGGCUGGGUUUGGGGGUGCUGGGGAGCAAGGUGGUGCUGGAGGGGCGGAGAGUAAGAGGCAGAAGAAGAUGGAGAAGAGGGGCGGGCGUGUGCAGUAUCGGUAG